AUGGACUCCUUCGAGGCGAGAGUCUAUCUAACCAAACAGCUGAGCUCGCUCACGCCGUCGAAACAGGCUGCUCAACAGUGUGCCAAGUUUUUGUUGAAACACAAGGAGCUUCAGGACGACCUUUAUUCUGUUAUUUUGGAGAGUCUCGACGCCGCAGACCUCAAUAUUCGCAUCAACAUCUUCCAAUUCCUUGAGGAAUUGAUUGUAUACUGCCAGCAUGACUCACAGAAACCAUACAUAUCUUCAAUUAUCAAGGACAUGAAACUUAUACUUACCAAAAUCCUUCCUCCAAAGCCUGAUACCGUGUCCUGCGAGACCAGAUUGCUAACCAAUCUCCAUGCUGCUUACACGAUAUUGGUAAACAUCUCCAGAUCAUGCAAGUUCACAAAUCUCAAAGAAUACAAAGCCAAAUAUGGCUCCAACUUGCUAACUGAUAUGGAUAGAAAUAGAAUCGAGCUUCAGCUCCAGUUCGACGAAAAACCGUUGUACACAGACAAAGAUCUUCCGGAGUCCAUCGAUGGCCAGCUGGAUUGUGCGUGGGAGUUCCUACUGGAGAAAAGACGCCAGUCUCAAUACGAACGUCUUUUUAUAGAUAAGCACCAUAUACAGUCUCCGACAGAGCCCCUGCAGGACACAUUCGCAAAAACGCGCAAACAGCUUUUGGCUAGGAUCGAGGCCGACCGAGAACGACAGAAACGAGGCAAAGAGAAUCUCUGGCAAAUCAACAGGGAAAAUGGAUCAAUAACGGAAUUUGAUCUCGUUUACGACACUUUCCAUCAGUUUGACAUUAUUGAAGAUAAACCCCUUAUAGACGAAAUCAACGAACUAUAUGAUAACAGCAAAUAUGGAACGCCACGCAGACCGCAGCCGAACAAACGUUUUAGACGAUGA